GCGCACAUCGCCAGCGAACACAGCGGACGAAGCCGAGCAGCGGCGCGCACCAUGGAGCCAGGCGGGCGCACGGCCUCACGGAAGGGCCCGCGUUUCGCCUCCGAGAGCCUCUUUCUGGCGUUGCUCUACGUGUCGUGCCGCGCCGAGGACGCCGCUAUGGAGGAACUGGCCACGGAGAAGGAGGCGGAGGAGAGCCACCGGCAGGACAGCGUGAACCUGCUCACCUUCAUCCUGCUGCUCACGCUCACCAUCCUCACCAUCUGGCUCUUCAAGCACCGGCGCGUGCGCUUCCUGCACGAGACCGGCCUCGCCAUGAUCUACGGACUGCUGGUGGGGGUCAUCCUGCGCUACGGCAUUCCCUCCACCAUCUACCACAACAAGACGCCCCCUAGCUGCUCCCUCAAGGAGGGGCCCGUCAGCACGCUGCUGCUCAACGUCAGCGGCAAGUUCUUCGAGUACACGCUCAAGGGCGAGAUCAACUCCCGCGAAAUCCACAACGUGGAGCAGAACGACAUGCUGCGUAAGGUCACUUUUGAUCCCGAGGUGUUCUUCAACAUACUGCUGCCGCCGAUUAUCUUCCACGCUGGAUACAGCCUUAAGAAGAGGCACUUUUUCCGGAAUUUGGGCUCCAUCAUAACGUACGCGUUCCUCGGCACGGCAAUUUCCUGCUUCGUUAUUGGGAACCUCAUGUACGGCGUGGUAAAACUGAUGCAGGCGGUGGGCCAGCUCACCGACAAGUUCUACUACACGGACUGCCUCUUCUUCGGAGCCAUCGCCUCAGCCACGGACCCCGUGACCGUGCUGGCCAUCUUCAAUGAGCUCCACGCAGAUGUGGACCUGUACGCCCUGCUGUUCGGAGAGAGCGUCUUGAACGACGCCGUAGCCAUCGUCCUCUCCUCCUCCAUCGUGGCCUACCAGCCCAGCGGCACCAACACGCACACCUUCGAUGCAUCCGCCUUCUUCAAAUCCGUCGGCGUUUUCCUGGGCAUUUUCAGCGGCUCCUUCGCCAUGGGCGCCGUCACCGGGGUGGUCACCGCUCUCGUAACCAAGUUCACCAAACUGCACUGCUUCCCGCUGCUGGAGACGGCACUCUUCUUCCUCAUGUCCUGGAGCACCUUCCUGCUGGCCGAGGCCUGCAGCUUUACUGGUGUGGUGGCGGUGCUCUUCUGCGGAAUCACCCAGGCGCAUUACACCUACAACAAUCUGUCGGAGGAGUCUACCAAGCGCACCAAGCAGCUCUUUGAGGUGCUGCACUUCCUGGCGGAAAACUUCAUCUUCUCCUACAUGGGCCUGGCGCUCUUCACCUUCCAGAACCACAUCUUCAGCCCCAUCUUCAUCGUGGGAGCUUUCCUCGCCAUUUUCAUCGGGAGGGCCUCCAACAUCUACCCGCUCUCCUUCUUCCUCAACCUGGGCCGCCGGCACAAGAUCAGCGGCAACUUCCAGCACAUGAUGAUGUUUGCAGGUCUGCGAGGAGCCAUGGCGUUCGCGCUGGCCAUCCGAGACACGGCUACCUACGCCCGGCAGAUGAUGUUCACCACCACGCUACUCAUAGUUUUCUUCACGGUGUGGGUCUUCGGUGGAGGGACCACCCCCAUGCUGUCAUGGCUGCACAUCAGAGUCGGAAGUACCUUGGAGUCACAGGAGGAGGAAGAGCGCGCUAAGCAGUGGCAGUAUGUCAGGGUUGGCGUGGACCCAGAUCAGGACCUCCAGCCCAUUGGGGACAACUUCCAGGUUCUCCAAGGCGAUGGGCCGCAGCACGAAGGAGGCAGCAAGACGAAGCAGGAGAGCGCCUGGCUUUUCAGACUGUGGUACACAUUCGACCACAACUACUUGAAGCCCAUUCUUACACACAGUGGGCCACCCCUCACCACCACGCUGCCCGGGUGUUGCGGACCCCUGGCACGUUGCCUCACCAGCCCUCAGGCCUAUGAGAACCACGAACAGCUGAGGGACACCGACUCGGACCUCAUUCUGAACGACGGAGACCUCACGCUGACUUACGGCGACACGGCUAUCACGGCCAACGGGGCCUCGGGGGGUCACGACGGCACUCGCGGGGAGUGGGGCGGCAUCAACGGGAAGACGGAAGCGGCGCCGGAGCGCGAUUCGGAGGCGCGGGAGCACGAGACGACGAGCCGCGGGACACGUCUGGUGUUCCCCGUCGAGGACCACGCCUGACCCUGCCCCUCCAGACCCCCCCCCUCCCUCAAAGUCCCUGCCCCUUCGCCCUCCUUCCCAUGUGUUUCCAUGCUCCAUCAGGUGCCCCCCCACCCACAGCAGCGGCCAACCCACCAAGCAAGACGGGAUGGAGAGAGUGCAGGUGUAGGGUUAGGGCUCGCACAGGUUAGCUGGCAGCCCGUUUCGUUCCCCGCGAGGGUGCGUCCGGGCUGAGCUUCCACACCGGGCUCCCCGGCAAGGAAUCGAGGAGGAACCUCCAGUUCGUUCCCAUUGCCUAUGGCAGAGCAGUGCUGCACAGCUGUGGGAGCCGGGCCUUCGGUGAGAAGGGCAACGAGCGUAGACUGGCGAGUCGGCGACUACAUCCACAUUUUGAGCCUCUUCACCCCCCCCCCUUUUUAAUGCUUUGAGCAGAGAACAGAGGACGAUCAAGGUUGAGGAAUGUCCGACUCGUUCAAGGAACUGGAACGUGCAGAACAAUCACUGCGUGUCUGCGUUGGAGGCGCUUUGAGGCUGAAAGGGGAAGAGAGAGAGGGCCGUGACGCGUUUGGAUCGCUCCGUCGUUGGUGUGUUCGGCAACCUGUUCCAGUCUGCCGCCACGACUAAGCACCGCGGACGCAGAGCCCGAAGGCAACCUGAGACUGAGACCCGUAGACCUCCGUUAGCCCACCAAACCAGAGCAAAAGCAUGACGUAUAAUCGCUGCCUUCAUUCCAUCCUCCCCUAAGACUGUGAACUGUGAAAAUCACGAACUGAUGGCAUUUUCUUGUUUUGUUUUUUGUUUUGAAGGCACAACUAUUGACAUUUCCUGGAGUCGUGUGACUUUGUAGCUCUUCUUCACACCAAUGAAACCGGAAUAAUUGAGCAGCAGUGAUGCGGAGCUCUGUCGGUUCCGGAAAGAACGGGCACCGCUGCAAAUGACCGCGCUCAUCCUUGCUUCAAGGGCAAAGGAGACGCGUCUCGCGGCGCUACGCUGCUCAGAAAGACCCCCGAUGGACCCUUGGCAGCCCUUUUUGCUUGCGUUUGACCUUAUCGUGACCACCUACCAUACCACCCUCCACGUUUUACGGCUUGCGUGAUUCUUCACGCAUGGGAUCAGAUGGAGAGCAGAACAUGCAAACUUCAGACUGUUUGCAGCCAGUGGGAACCCCCUCCCCACCACCCACAUGGGUCUGACGAGUGUGAGGAUUGCAGUAUUUUGAAAAGGUCAGUUUCUAAGCUGACCGCACUCCACAGAUCACUUCUCUUGGGAUGUCGUGUCACUGACCUUACGUAGGGCGGCGAUCCUUGACCUUUCGUAGACUCUUCUUCCACGUCUGCAUAUACCAUGUGUUCUGACUCCACCAGUAACGCACAAAGCCGUAAUAUUUCAUCGAUUGUCACUUGACUCAGAUGUUUGUGUAUGGAGGAAGGGGGAGGAGAAGUUCAGGCCACGUCUAGUUUGAAGGAAAGCUUCGCUCCGCCUCAUCCGUGUAGAAACUCACCCUUAAUCCCCGGGUUGCGUUCGAGAUUGCAUUCUGCCGCCGGCAUUCCCAUCCAAAAUCAUUAUGAAGGAAUAUGUACGUAACGUACACAAUCGCCUAGUGUUCUGUUGCACCUUUUAACCAAAUUAUUUUCGGAGUGGUUGUGGUCCACAGACCUCAUUUACCUGACCUGAUGGCACUCGUGGUGUUUGACGCUCUUCGCCGUCACCCACUCGCCUCCUACGGCUGACCAGGUGUGACAGGAGACCCACAGAUGUACAAAAUGCGAAAACACCUGAAAGUCACUCGGUGUUCUGCGUGCUGUGGAGGAUGUGUUGAAACCUUGUGACGAUCAGAUGAAAGCAACCUUAAUUAUCGUACAGGAGAUUGGUAAAUGGGUCACUAUAGACUGGAAUGCAACUUGAGCAUUAGGAGUUUAGGGUUACAGCUCAGAAUAAAUGACCCACCCCUGAGCAGUUUACGCUUUGCUGCUUUCUUGGGUACGAGAAGUAACACCAGGAGCGCGUGAGGUGCAGGUGAAGCGGCGGCGGUGUCUCUGGGCUGGGCACCGGAGGGCCUCAGACAACCAGGUGGCUACAAAAUGAGCCGCAGCAUUGAAUCGUUGAUCUGCAAGCCUCUCCCCUGCUGGGGGUGGCCCACAGUUAGCUAACAUGCAAAACGUUCAGUGGACUCGUGAAUAUUCAUGAGCGCUGCGGAAGAUGCGCUGUUGGAUAAAAGCGGUCUGCUACAAGCCCCACGAUUUGUUUCCCUGGGAAAGUUUAACCACAAAGCGUAGAGCCCUUUCACAAGCGUUUUUCCUGCGGUGGGUGACUUUCUGGCUGCGAUGGGGACCUUCUAGCAUGUUCCAUAGAGACGAGUUGCAGCUUCAGCAGUGGCACACGUUACUGUGCUUUACCACAAAGGCUGAGCCCACAGGACCGAUGGCCGCCAUGGGGGAAAUGGGAACUGUGGGGCGUCCACCACCUUGUUUUUUUCUCUUGGGGUUGAGCUCCGCACACCGUCUGGGGCCCAGAGCAUCUUGCCGCACCUCUGGAUCAUUUUUGGAAGCCCACUGCUAAAAAUCCCUGCGUCUCAAACCGAAACGACCCCCCACGGACACAUCAUCGCAUCUUAUCCUUGCAGCUUGGAGCAGCUUCUCCUUCAAGCCGUUGCCGAAGAUGUCCUACAUGUCCAUAGUGUGAAAAAUGCCGAUUGGCUGCCUUGAAGACGAGGAGGCAACUGGUGAUGAGAGCAGAGGAGAAGCGCGGUAAUGAAGCGCUUUGGAACAGGACCCACACCGAGGGCUUGGACCUGGAGGAGCCGGUUGCUUCAAGAACUCCAGAUGGGCUGGGCACCGUGUGUGUGUGUGUGUGUGUGUGUGUGUGUGUGUGUGUGUGUGUGUGUGUGUGUGUGUGUGUGUGUGUGUCCUCCUAGUGUCCCCCAGCUGGACUGUGAGAAGGGGCUGGGAGUGUCACUCAUUGGAGUUACGCGGCAGCACGUCCAUCCAGCCUGACCAUAGCCGUCCCCCCUCCUCCUCUACACCCGACGAUGUCUCAUCCACUCUGUCCUGCAUGUUGCUGUACCUGUCAAUAAACUGCGUACUUCAGGAAA